AUGAAAUUUCCAUCUGAUGGCGAUAGUAUUUACUCUUCAAGUGCCCAACUGAAGAAAUCUGAGAUUAUUGAUGAAGACCCAGUAUUAAUUAACAGUGGUUCAGGAAGGGAUCUCAGUUUUCGAAGUCUGUCGAAACUCAUAAUCCCACCAUUGGGUUCUUCAGGUUCUAACCAAAUCCCAAAUGACUCAAAAGGAAGAAUCAUCUCUCCCAUGGAUUCAAGAUACAGAUGUUGGGGGACCCUAAUGGUGAUUUUGGUAGCUUACUCAGUAUGGGUUUGCCCUUUUGAAAUUGCAUUUCUUGAUUCGAGUCCAAAGAAAGAGCUAUACAUUGCAGACAUUAUUGUGGACAUGUUCUUUGCAGUUGAUAUUGUCUUGACAUUUUUUGUUGCCUACAUUGAUUCAAGAACUCAACUUCUUGUCCUUGAUUCAAGAAAAAUUGCUACAAGGUACCUCUCAACCUGGUUUCUAAUGGAUGUGGCUUCAACAAUCCCAUUUGAAACAGUAGCUUUCUUGUUUACUGGGAGACAUCAAGCUGGUGUCUCCUACUCAGUUCUAGGAAUGCUCAGAUUUUGGCGUCUUCGCCGCGUCAAGAGCUUCUUUACAAGGAUUGAAAAAGAUAUCAGAUUCAGCUAUUUUUGGGUCAGAUGUGCCAGGCUUUUAUUUGUAACGAUGUUCCUAGCGCAUUGUGCUGGAUGCCUAUACUACUUUUUAGCCGUCAAAUAUCCACACGAAGGAAAGACAUGGAUUGGAUCUGCUAUUCCGAAUUUCAAAGAGACGAGCCUUUGGAUAAGAUAUAUUUCAGCCCUGUAUUGGUCCGUCACUACCAUGACUACAGUUGGAUAUGGUGAUCUACAUGCAGUGAAUACCUUAGAAAUGGUGUUCAUAAUUUUCUACAUGCUUUUCAAUCUUGGCCUAACUGCUUAUAUUAUUGGUAACAUGACAAACUUGGUUGUUGAGGGCACUAGUCGUACAAUGGAAUUCAGAAAUAGCAUUGAAGCUGCAUCGAGUUUUGUGUCCCGUAAUCGGUUGCCUCCUAGGUUGAAAGACCAGAUAUUGGCUUAUAUGUGUCUAAGGUUUAAGGCUGAGAGCUUGAACCAGCAGCAACUCAUUGAACAGCUACCAAAAACACUAUGUAAAAGUAUCCGGCAGCAUUUGUUUCUGCCUACAGUCGAGAACGUUUAUCUCUUUAAGGGUGUCUCUAGGGAAAUUCUAUUGCUCCUGGUUGCAGAUAUGAAAGCUGAAUAUAUCCCUCCAAGAGAGGAUGUUAUAAUGCACAAUGAAGCACCAGAUGAUGUAUACAUAAUUGUAUCCGGUGAAGUUGAAAUGAUCGACUGUGACAAGGACAAAGAAAAAGUCAUUUGGAAAUUCAAAUCAGAGGACAUGUUUGGAGAAGUUGUAGCAUUUUGUUCUAGACCUCAAAUCUAUACAUAUCGUACGAAGACACUUUCACAAUUGCUGAGGCUGAAAACAAGCAAUCUUAUAGAAGCUAUGAAGACCAGACAGGAAGAUAAUGUUACCAUGAUUAAAAAUUUCCUUCAGCAUCACAAAAAGCUGAAAGAUUUAUGCCUAGGGGAUUUAUUUCUUGAAGGCGGGGAAGAAGAUGGUGACCUGAACAUGUCAAUAAACUUGCUCACAGUUGCCAGUACAGGCAAUGCUGCUUUUCUUAAUGAGCUUCUGAAGGCCGGGCUGGAUCCCGAUAUCGGAGACUCUAAAGGAAGAACCCCAUUGCAUAUAGCAGCGUCUAAAGGGCAUGAAGAGUGUGUAGUGGCGCUCCUCAAGCAUGGAUGUAACAUACACUUGAAGGAUAUGAAUGGUAACACGGCGUUAUGGGAAGCCAUUACAAAAAAGCACCAUUCAAUAUUCAUGAUUUUGUAUCACUGGGCUUCCAUUUCUGAUUCCUACAUUGCUGCUGACCUUUUAUGCAUGGCUGCAAGAAGAAACGAUAUGAUAGUGGCAAAAGAACUCCUAAAACACGGAUUACAUGUCGACUCAAAGGAUCGUCAUGGAUUGACUGCUAUCCAAGUUGCGAUUGAGGAAAAUCACAUAGACAUGGUGAGAUUUCUGAUGAUGAACGGGGCUGAGGCCAAUGAUACAGUUAAAAACAAGAUUCCUCCGGUAAAUUUGAGUGACAUACUGCAAAAGCGUGAGGUAGGACACCGUAUAUCAAUUCCUGAUGCACUGGAUGAAGAUGUUCUUAGAAGGCAUGAAAAUGAGAAGGAUCGCAGUGGAGAAAGUUUUCAGAGACAGUGUGUUCCUAGAGUUAGUAUAUAUAAAGGCCACCCCAUGGCACGUAGAGAAUCACAUUGCACCGAGCCAGGGAGGUUGAUUAGGUUGCCAAAUUCCCUCGUAGAGAUCAAGAACAUUGCAGGUAAAAAUUUUGGGUUUGAUGCUACAGACGCAUCGGUGGUUGAUGGAGGAGGAGCAGAAAUUGACUCUAUUGAAGUGAUAAGAGAUAAUGACAAACUGUUUAUAAUUGAAAAUCCAGAUUAUAUUAUGUAA